AUGGUAUUAGAAAAGUCCGGGAAUAUACAGUCAGACGAGGCAAAAAUUGAAAGCAUUAUCUUCCCGAAGGAAUGUGUAGAAUAUAUCAUGAAUAGACAAGGUGUAAAGUCAUCAGACCCCAAUUUAUUUUCUAUUGCUUCAAUUCUGGGACAAAAAUUUAUAGAGGAAUGUUUAAAGAAAAGUAUUGAGACAACUGAAGAUGGUAGAUUUGUAAUCAGGGAUGACAACUUGAGAAAUAUGAUUAAAAUGGAAAAUUCAACUUUCGCAGUAAAAAACGAUUACAAUGUAUUCUUAAUGCCAAAUCAAAGGUAUAGGGAAUUUUUUAAAGAGUAA